CGCGCGCGCGCACACCCUUCCUCUCCCCUGUAUAAAAACCCUGCCGGCCGAGGCGCAAACGACCCGCGCAGAACUUUUCGCCCGCCGCCAGAGGGAAGAGAAGGAAACAGGUGUGAACCUUUGGCCAGCCAGGCCACGCCCGGCGAAAACCUCCCGCCCGAGAGUCACCCAAACAGGCGCCUGAGGCAAGGCGAGCCGGGCAGAGUUGCCCCAAACGCCGCCCCCCCGGACUGGCCCCUCCGUGAGGCUCCUCAGGGGUUAAACUGAGAGGCGCUUGAGGAGGAGGAGGAGUGGGACUGGGAAACUCGAGGGGGUGGAGACCACUUUGCUGAGAGGAAACGUUGUCAAUGAAGCCCCGGGGCUUUGUUAUGCAAGUGCCGAAGCAAGAUGUGAAGCUGGGGCUGCGCGGCGCUCUGGAGAGAAACGCUCGCUGCUUUGGAGAGGACUGUGGCUUCUGAAGUAUUACCCAGAAGGAGCUAGAUGUUGGAGCUGCAUAUAUUUGGCUGUUGCAACCAGGGCAGCUGGUGAAGUUCCUGCUCUCCAUCGCUGCUUGGAGCAGGUGGUUGGCACAUAACAACCCAGGCUGGAACCAUGGACUCUACCAGGGACCCCCAUGUGAAGGCCCUCAGUAGUGUCAAUGACUAUGUCAACUAUGACAUCAUUGUCAAGCAUUACAACUUCACAGGGAAGCUGAAUGAGAAAACAGAUAGUGGGAUCAAAGCCUCUUCAAUGGUUUUCAUCAUCAUUUGCUGUUUCAUCAUCAUAGAGAACAUAUUUGUCCUACUGACCAUCUGGAAAACCAAGAAGUUCCACAGACCUAUGUACUAUUUCAUUGGCAACUUGGCACUUUCGGAUUUGUUGGCUGGGGUGGCUUACACAGCCAACAUUUUGUUGUCCGGAAGCAAGACCUACACCCUAACCCCAGCCCAAUGGUUUCUGAGGGAAGGGAGCAUGUUUGUGGCACUGUCAGCUUCUGUGUUCAGCCUCCUGGCCAUUGCCAUUGAGAGGUAUAUUACAAUGCUGAAAAUGAAACUCCACAAUGGCAGCAACAGUUUUCGUUCUUUCCUGCUGAUCAGUGCCUGCUGGGUCAUCUCGGUGAUACUAGGGGGUCUCCCUAUUAUGGGGUGGAACUGCAUCAACAUCUUACCAAGCUGUUCCAUAGUGUUGCCCCUCUACCAUAAGCAUUACAUUCUCUUCUGCACAACAGUGUUCACUGGCCUCCUGUUGUCCAUUGUGGUCCUCUACUGCAGAAUCUACAUCUUGGUGAGGACUAGGAGCCUUAGGCUGACCUUUCGGAAGAACUCUGCUAAAGCCACCAGGAGUUCAGAGAAGUCUCUGGCUCUGCUUAAGACAGUGAUCAUAGUUUUAAGUGUGUUUAUUGUCUGUUGGGCUCCCUUGUUCAUACUACUUUUGCUGGAUGUGAGUUGCAAAGUCCGAUCCUGCCCAAUCCUCCUCCAAGCUGAAUAUUUCUUAGUUCUGGCAGUUCUCAACUCUGCUACAAAUCCUAUCAUCUAUACGCUGACCAACAAGGAGAUGCGGAGGGCCUUUGUCAAGAUUGCCUGCUGCUGCAAGUGUCCCACCACAGACUCUGGGACCAAAUUCAAAAGACCAAUCAUUGGAGGGAUUGAGUUCAGCCGCAGUAGAUCUGAUAAUUCCUCCCACCCACAGAAAGAUGAGGGCGAUACUCCAGAAACUAUGAUGUCUUCGGGUAAUGUCACUUCAUCAUCUUAGGAGUUGUCGUAAAGAUGAGGCAUGAGCACCUUGACAUCAGACAAAUGGGAACAGUUCUGCUUGCUGGUCUGCAAGCCAGAAUGAGAAGGCUAUGAGAUAAAAAGAGUGGGAUAGGCCUGAACAGAGAAAGCGAUGAGCUUACUUGGAUAUAAUUGAUGACAAUGGGGAAAAUCACAUGAUCUCACAACAUUUUCUCACUGGAAGCUUGUGUCUUCUUUUUGUCUUUGCACUGAAGCAACUUAGGGUUGGGUCAAGAUUUAAGCGUUAGUAACUCUGCAGGGCUGAAAUAUCAGUAGACAGAUACAUGUUGGCUGAAGGUCUGGAUGGAGAAAUCUUUAUUGCCCCCCAGUGGUGGGAUUCAGAUAAUUUAACAACUGUUUGAUUACAAGCACCAUUUUAACAACUGGUUCUGCCCAAGUUGUGCGAACCUGCUGAAUCCCGCCACUGUUGCCCCCCCUCCCCAAACCAAAUGUGAAUGUUGACAGCCCCUGAAAUACAGGUUUUACUAUAGCAAAUGACUGCCCAGCUUUCCUGAUUAUCUUGUUUUCUGCAUAGCAAGGAAAGCAAAUGAGUCAGCAUAUUUUAGGUAACGUGAUGAAAAUGUGCCUCAAGAUUGGUCAAGGUGCAAAUGACAUUUUGGGAUUUAACUUUCUGUUGAGAGCCAGUGAGAACUGGACACGAAGAUUGUUUGAGGAAUCCAGCCUCAUAACUACUUGAUUUAACUGAACUUUACUGAAUCUAAUGAUAGGGGGUGUUCAGAGCUAUGCCAUUUGCACCUUGGAAUUGAACUGACAAACAUGCUACAGUUAAUAUGGCACCUCAGCAUAUGGCAGCCAUCAUCGUGUUUAUCCAUGUUCUAAUCCUGUGAUACAGUUUAGAAUGAGAGAUGGAGAGACUAAGGCUCUUGAAGGCCUCUAUGACUGAAAAGGGCUACGAAGCUGGGUCUUUCUGUUUGUUGUAGCCAACAGUGUAUGUUCUGCUACAUCACACCCUGCAUCCUUUUUAUAUCCUAGACAAGUGUCCCCAAAGGUGCCAAGUUGCCUGCCAAUACCUUUUCUGGUACCCACCAAAUAUUGUUAGAAAGUGGGUGGGGCCAGAUCAGCCAGAUCGGUUUUGCCCUUCGGAACCUCUGAUGGGCCACUGAAAAUCUGAUUGACUAUGCAGAUU